UCAGCAGAAGAUGGCUGCGGUGCGGAAGACGCGACUUGAGGACUCAGCGAUGGUGAAAGUGUUAGUUUUAGUGUCAAUGCUGGUGUUUUCCGUGAGCUGCGCUUCACUUUCACCUGCAGAUGGUGGACCUCCAGCCCAUGUGGACAGUAAAGAGGUGAAAGCUCCAGAUACACAGAACAGCAAUGACCUGAGCAACCCAAAUAGCGGUACUUUGAGUCAAUCAGCAGAGGUGUUGAAUGAGGAUUCAGCUCCUGCUGUUGAGGAUAAAAACAGCAACAAAGCAGUAGAUGUUCUGACUGCUCCACUAGCUAAUAAAGAUACAGAAUCACAAGAUAAUGAUCCGAAGAAGCAGAAAAACAACCCAGAGAAUCUGAAAAAUGAGACAGAGAUGUUAAAAAGUGACAUGGGAAAUAAACAAAAGGAUUUGAAGCAGCCGGAAGCUGAUCCCAAGCAGCCGGAAGCUGAUCCCAAGCAGCCGGAAACUGAUCACAAGCAGCCGGAAACUGAUCUCAAGCAGCCGGAAACUGAUCACAAGCAGCCGAAAACCGAGCCCAAGCAGCCGGAAACCGAGCCCAAGCAGCCGGAAACCGAGCCCAAGCAGCCGGAAACCGAUCACAAGCAGCCGGAAACCGAGCCCAAGCAGCCGGAACCUGAGCCCAAGCAGCCGGAACCUGAGCCCAAGCAGCCGGAACCCGAGCCCAAGCAGCCGGAACCCGAGCCCAAGCAGCCGGAACCCGAUCACAAGCAGCCGGAACCCGAUCACAAGCAGCCGGAACCCGAUCACAAGCAGCCGGAAACCGAUCACAAGCAGCCGGAACCCGAUCACAAGCAAACGGAAACCGAUCACAAGCAAACGGAAACCGAGCCCAAGCAGCCGGAAACAGAUCAAAAGCAGCCAGAAAUCAAGCCCAAGCAGCCGGAAACCGAGCCCAAGCAGCAGAAUAAUGACCCUGUGCAGAUGGCUGACGACUCUGUGCAGCCAAAAAAUGACCACAAGCAGCAGAAUAAUGACCCAGUGCAUCUGAAACCCACCCCUGCAGCACCGCAGACACAGAGCUUUACAGAAUACAUGGCUGACAGCACGUUUCCAGGACCAGACCUGGGCUUUGAUGAUAACACAGAUGAUGACGAUGAUGAUGAUGAUGAUGAUGUUGGUGGUGUUGAUGAUGAUGUUGGCAAUGAUGUUAGAGUUAUGAGUGAAAACUUCAUUGGUGGCAUCAGCUCUCCUGAGGACAGCCAAGGCAAAGACAUUUUCCGUCAGGUUUACAAAACUCCUCCUGAGAGCUCAGAGAAGAACAUCUACAGCACCCAGGAUGAAGACUCGCACUUCUUCUUCCAUCUGGUCAUCAUCGCCUUCCUGGUGGCCAUCAUCUACAUCACCUACCACAACAAGAGAAAGCUGAUGCUGUUGGCCCAGAGCCGGCGCUGGAGGGACGGGUUCUGCUCGCGGGGUGUGGAGUAUCACCGGCUGGACCAGAACGUCCACGAGGCCAUGCCUUCGCUCAAGAUGACCAACGACUACAUCUUCUGAGCUGCACGCCGUGUCUUAUUUAAUCAGGGGAGAACGUGAGGUAACACUUCAUCUGAAGGGGUGUUCAUAAGACUGCCAUCAAAGGUUUAUAAUCACAACACGACUCGUGGAUAUGGAGGAGAGUUUAUGACAACUGGUAUUCAUUCACUUAUGUCAUUUUAAAGGCAAAGAUGACGUUGUUUGGAAUGUCUUUAUGGCAACCUGACAUAUCAAAAUACAUCAUGACAACUUGGCAUAAACAUAUAUCAUGAGCUGUUUUGUCUAGAUAACUUGACUUUUUCAAGACAGCAUAACUUGUCAUAAAUAUGACUGUCAUGGGGCCAUUAUAAUUGUCUCAUGAAUAUUUUCCUGACCACUUUUCUCAGUGCAAUAAAUUUAAUCUGUCAAUAAAAUGUCCCUGUUAAAGUGUUAAUAUGCUGUAAAAUGAUUAUAUAACAGCAUCAUUAAUAUUUAAUGACAUCUAAUGAUAUUUUAUUUAAUUCCUAGCGCUGUAGGUGGGGUCAAGAAAAUAUUAAUGAUGAUAUUGUAAAAUUCACGACACAACUAUAAUGACCUCAUGACCAUCAUGUUUAUGACUGAUUUAUGACAAGUUAUGUUGUCAUGGCAUCUCAAACAAUGUCAUCUUUGCAUUUAAAAUGACAACUAAGCUAACGAGGCCUAAUAGCAGCAUAACACUCAUGAUGUGUCAUGUCGGGAUUAUAAAGGUGUCAUGACAGUCUUAUGAACACCUCCUUCAAGUAAAGUGUGAUCGAUUGUGCUUGAGUCUGAGCAGAACUGCAUUUUUACGAGUUUGAAGAAAAGCAAAUGAAGAAAGGUUUGUCCUCUAAAUAUUUGAUUAUAAACCUGGUGUCAGUCACAAAUCUACCCAUGAUUUAUUUGGUUUGUGGACGCUCGCCUCCUUUGAGCCCAUGUGUGUGUGUGUGUGUGUGUGUGUGUGUGUGUGUGUGUAUGUACAGUUGAAGUCUAAUUUCUAAUAGCUCAAUUCUUUUAUCUUUGCCAUGAUGACAGCACAUAAUAUUAGACUAGAUAUUCUUCUAGUCAAAGAAAAGUGACAUUUAAAGGCUUAACUAGGGUAAUUAGGGUAAAGUUAGGGUAAUUAGGGUAAAGUUAGGGUAAUUAGGCAAGUCAUUGUAUAACAGUGGUUUAUUCUGGAGACAAUCCAACACUAAUAUUGCUGAAGGGGGCUAAUAAUAUUGAGCUUAACAUGGCUUUAUAACUAUUAAAAACUGCUUUUAUUCUAGCUGAAAUAAAACAAAUAAGACUUUCUCCAGAAGAACAAAUGUUAGAGGAAAUACUGUGAGAAAUUCCUGAAUCUGUUCAACAUCAUUUGGGAAAUAUUUGGGCGAGAGGAAAAAAAAUCACACUCAUUUUGACUUCGACUUUGUAUGUUUCUGUUUCUGUCUGUUUGACUGUGUGUGUGUGUGUGUGUGUGUGCGUGUGUGUGUGUGUGUGUGCGUGUGUGUGUGUGUGUGUGUAAGCUUCGGGCUGAUCCCUUUCACGUUUGCGUUAUGACUUCAGUGAAGUUGUUUUAUAUAUUACAUACACACAGCGUCUGGAGGAGCGCGAUCUGCCGUGCCAAAAACUCUGUGGGGGGAAAAAAAACUGCUGCUGUGUCCAAAAUCGCCCCUAUACACUCGUUCACUACUCCCUACUCUAGUCCACUACUAUAGUAUACACUUUGAAUGAAUGAAAUGAGUGAGUGAAUUGGAACACUACUGAGUGCACUGAAGGGAUGCCUUUAGGUUUAAAAUCUAAUCCGUCUGAGUUAAUUAACUAUCAAAACACAAACUUAGAUUAUAAACUUCUCAGUCAGACCCUGUGAUAGUUUUAAACACUCAGUGAGCUUUUUAUUAGUAAUGAAACAAAGACUUUUGAUUUCUGUCAUGUAUACAAAUGUUAGUUUCAUUAAAUAAUCAUGCAUUUUGAAACCAUCCACUGAUUAGAUUGUGCUUUAGACGCCAUCUAGGGGUCAGAUGCUGAAAUUCAGCGCUCAAACUCUUUCAGGGCAUUAUGGGUGUUCUCUGUCUGUUGAGUGUGCAUGGGGUGUACAAUCGUUAUUGCAAUGCAUUGUGGGAUUGAUUGAGUGCAUUUUACAAUGUUUACUAUGAUUUCGGACUCCACUAGAAAUGGCUGCUCCCUCAAAUAGUGCACUAUUAAGGGUAUAGGGGGCGAUUUAGGACACAGCCAGCAUCUCUUUGACUUGUUUUCUCUUUAAGCUGCUUUGUGUGAGAUCAGGACAGUAUCCUGAAUCUGUGUGUGUCAGCUACACACCUGGGGAACACUUUACAGUAAGGGUGCAUUAGUUAAUGUGUUUACCAACAUGAACAUAAGCCAGUGGAAGGCUGGAUAAAUGUUACGUUUAGCAUUAAAUAAAUAGAUUGGAAAUGACACAAAUCCUCCGUUUGCAGUGUGACCAUAAGCAAAGAAUAAUUCAUUCAUUCCAGUAUUUAUUCAUCUCUGUUGAUGUUAGAUCGUUGUAAUAAUCAUUCAUUGUUCAUGUUAACUCACAUUUACUAAUGUUAACAAGCAGACUUUUAUUAAUGCAUUAGUAAAUGUUGAAUACCACUAUAAAAUUAUCCAUAAAUGAGCAGUUUUCCCCUAUUUUGUGAUUCAUGUUGUUAUUUUUUAUUUAUUUAUGCUUUUAUUUCUGCUUCUGAAUUGCAUUAUGGGAUCUUGAUCUUUCUUCAAACAACUUUUAAGCUUGAAAAGCUCUAAAAAGUGACGUUUUGCUCACUUGUAAUAGUUUGCAGUGCUAUAUUGUAUUGUCUGAGUAAGUGUUGUGUAUAUUUUUAGUGUUAAGUUCACCCUCACGCUCCAUCAUAACAUCACAACUCAUGAGACAACUUUUCACCUAGUCACGAUUUAAUCUCGCAAGAGCUCCUCAUACAAGAUCUUGUCACAUCCCUAUUUUCUAGGUAUUUUUAAUAUUAUUAACUAAAUUAGGAAAUUAUGACGACAACAUUUAGCCUCGACCCACUGGCCUUAAUAAAGUUUGGUUUUGUGGCCCUUCAUAAGAAAAAGCUUGGUCACUGCUUUACAGAAACCUUGUAAUAAACUGCAGCACCCUUUCUGUUAUUUUACAGACUUAUUUCUUUAGAUAUUAUUAUUUCUGAUACAUUAUAUUAUCUCUAACUACUAAAAUGUCAAUAAAGUCUCUUUGUUAAACUGUAGAGUUGAAUUUUCAACAGCAAACGUGGACAAAGCAGAGAUCAACAUCCCAUAAUGCAAUUCACCACCGCAAACAAACACAAAAUACAGAAACUGUUGAUGAACAGAUGAUUUAGACCAGUGUUUCCCAACCCUGUUCCUGGAGGCACACCAACAGUACAUAUUUUGGAUGUCUCCCUUUUCUGACCCAUUAGCUUCAGGUGUUGGAGUCUCUUCUGAUGUUAUGAUGAGUUGAUUCAGGUGUGUUUGAUUAGGGAGAGGUUGAAAAUGUGUACUGUUUGGUGUGCCUUCAGGAACAGGGUUGGGAAACACUGAUUUAGACAGUGUAUGAUUAAUGAAUGCUGUUCUAUUGUUCAUUGAUUAUCUGUUCAGGUUCGUUAAGGAACACUAACUAAUGGAAUCUUAUUGUAAAGGGAGAACUGAUAUCGUAACUGAGGCGCGUUAUCUCUGAUUUACAUGAAGAUCAUUAAUGUCUGUGCCUGAACGCCACAUAUUUGUGUCCUCCUGAGGAUUGUUCAAUAUAGCAGAGGGUCUGACUUUGGGAUAUUCAGUGCUUUAUCAAUAUUAAUAUAAUCAGACACUUGUACAGAUGCUCUAAUAAAAUAAAAAUACGUCAGUAAAAGUCUUCCUAUUCCAUUUUUACUUGAGAAAUUACAAAUGCACUUGGUUUUUAAUGUUAAUUAUUAAAAGUACUUGCUGAUAAAUGUUUAUAAUGAAUUUCAAAGUGUUGUCAAACUCAUAAUUCAUGAUUACUCGAGUGUACAAUCAAGUGAAAAUAACAAUGCAUCAUAAACCCUAACAUAUGACAACAACAAAUAAACAACGUGUGCAGAAAAAUGCAAAUGUAGAAUAUAAACAUGUAAAAAAGUCAUAAACAUAAUAUAUUUAUUAUGUGCUACAGCUGCGACAAUGUGUGAUUAUUAAUUUACAUUACAUUAAAAUUGUGUUUCUUUUUUAAAUAAAAACCUUCCCCCAUUCA